ACAAACAAACAAACAAAACACGCUUCUUUCCCUUCCCUCUUUCUCCUCGCUCCUUCUACGUUAGGGUUAGCUCCCCCUCCCUCGAUCCGCUCGCGCGAUCUUGUCCUCGUUCGGCGAUCGUGGAGAUGGAGGGAGGAAGCAGUAGCGCCACGAGCUUCCCCAAGGCCCGCGGAGGCGCUGGUGGCUGCCUCUUCUCGCUCGGCGCGCCGGCCUUCUCUGGCGGCCAGUCGGCCUCCACUAGCGGCAGCGCCGGCUCUCCCUCCAGCCGGAGUGAGAUAGCGGCGAUGACUGCCGCCAGCGAGAAUACCUUGGUCAGUCUGAACCACCUCGACAUUCACGGGGACGACGCGGGGACGCCCAAAGGAGCCGUGAGUGGUAAAAAGAAAAAAAGGAGUGCUCGAGCUGUUGCAGGUGAUAAAAGUGGAAGGGGACUUCGUCAAUUCAGCAUGAAAGUAUGUGAGAAAGUUGAAAGCAAGGGGCGAACCACUUACAAUGAGGUUGCAGAUGAACUUGUUACUGAAUUUGCAAACCCCCCCAAUAAUCCAGGAUCUAACGAUCAGCAACAAUAUGAUGAGAAGAACAUACGGCGAAGGGUAUAUGAUGCACUAAAUGUUCUCAUGGCUAUGGAUAUUCUCUCUAAGGAUAAAAAGGAAAUACAUUGGAAAGGCUUACCUCGAACUAGUCUAAAUGACAUUGAAGAAUUAAAGGCAGAGCGAGUUGGAUUGAGGAGUAGAAUUGAUAAAAAAACUGCAUAUUUGCAAGAAUUGCAUGAUCAAUUUGUAGGUCUCCAAAAAUUGGUGCAAAGGAAUGAUAGUUUAUAUGGAUCGGGAAAUCUGCCAUCUGGUGGCGUUGCUUUGCCCUUUAUCUUGGCUCAGACUCGUCCACAUGCUAUGGUUGAGGUAGAAAUAUCAGAAGACAUGCAGCUUGUACAUUUUGACUUCAACAGUACUCCCUUUGAGCUACAUGACGAUUCGUACGUCGUUAAAGCGAUGGGAUUAUGCAAACGAGAGAAAAGUGAUGGUUCUUUAACACCUUGCUCUAAUGGAGGUGAUGGUUCGAGCCUGAUGAAUGCGAGCCAGAAUCAUACGUCACCAUCUUCGAGGGCUAAUUCCAUGGCCAGAGUAUUAGCUUCUCCUCCAAAACCUGGAAUUCUAAAAUCACGCGUGAAGAAUGAACAUUAACUUGAAAAGUUUACAACCUCAUUGUUGUCUCGGUGCCCCACAUCGAGUCAUCGGUUGCCAUUUUCUUCGUGAAGUAAAUAUAAAUAAGUCUAUAAGCUGGGGAAACCAAUUGGGGUUGGUUGCUAACAUAGCCGUUUUAAUGAGUCGGAAUGGCCGCUUAGGGUUCAACACUUGCAUUUCCUUCUUCCCAAGUCAAGUUAUUGUAAGGUAAUCGUGCCUCAUUUCUUCUACCUUCAUGCAAUAGUUCCUUUGUGAGUUAUAUAGGAAGUGCUGCUGGUACUAAAUAACCUUAACAAUUUGUGUGCAGUGGACAUGUUCUUUUGUUAUUUACCAGUACGAGGAAGCCAUUUUAUUGUGUAGAUCUGUGUUAACAAAAUUGGAUUGAAAAAUAUCUUAAAAUUCUAUGCUAUUUGUAAUUUGCUUUUGUAGAUGUGGUUCUUUAAAUAAGUGUUUCAGGUCAAAAAUAUUUGUACAAGUUGGUGGCCUGGUAGUGAUGUUGUAGAAUGCCAAAUCAGUAAAAUUUGUUUACAUC